UUUUCAUUUCUUCUACUUUCUCCUCUCCUUCCCACCCUCGUCGCGUUUUCGAAGCGACGCGAGCCUAGCGACCCGAACCCGAAUUCGAGUUCAAAUCUCAGAGAGAGACACCGGCGUAGCUCGUGGAAUCGACGGUUACUUCUCGCUCUUCCUUCGAAUUGUAUUGCGGGUUUUCCUUGCUAUGGCCGCCACAGCAACUGCCUCUUCAAUGGGUCCGCGGUAUGCACCACCAGAUCCGACACUUCCUAAACCAUGGAAGGGACUUGUGGAUGGCAAGACGGGGUAUCUUUACUUUUGGAAUCCCGAGACCAAUGUCACCCAGUAUGAGAGACCCUCGAGCUCAGCUGCCCCACCAAAGUCCUCUUCAGUGCCUAGCUCUUCUGUCCAGGUUCAACAUGCGUCUCAAGGGUUGCAACGUGGUCGCAGUCCUGAUUUCAGUGAUAGGUAUGAUAGAAAUGGCAGUGGUGGGUCAAAUGAUGCUGGAUCACGGAAUAAUCAGAGUUCCAAAGGUGGAAGUUACAGUUCCCAUAGUGUGCCAACUGGAACGAAUGCUGCUGCCAAUGCUAGUUAUUCUGUCAAAGGUCAGGGGGCAUCGGAUGCUGCGGCUGUGCUAUCUCCAGAAUCUUAUCGAAGUCGGCAUGAAAUAACUGUGACCGGAGACAAUGUGCCACCACCUCUUACUUCAUUUGGGUCUUCUACUGGCUUUCCACCGGAGGUUUUGAGAGAGGUACAAAAUGCUGGUUUCUCAGCCCCAACUCCAAUCCAGGCACAGUCAUGGCCCAUUGCUCUUCAAAGUAGAGAUAUAGUUGCCAUUGCAAAAACAGGCUCAGGGAAAACCUUGGGAUAUUUAAUGCCCGCAUUUGUUCACCUCAAGCGCUGUGGUAAUAACUCCAAAAUGGGCCCCACUGCAUUGGUACUUUCACCAACAAGGGAGUUGGCGACACAAAUACAAGAUGAGGCUGUGAAGUUUGGGAAAUCUUCAAGAAUUUCUUGUGCAUGUUUGUAUGGAGGAGCACCCAAGGGUCCUCAACUCAGAGACAUUGACCGGGGAGCAGAUAUUGUGGUAGCCACUCCUGGUCGCUUGAAUGAUAUUCUUGAGAUGAGAAGAAUUAGUCUUCAUCAGGUCUCUUACCUGGUGCUAGAUGAGGCAGACCGGAUGCUGGAUAUGGGUUUCGAACCUCAAAUUAGGAAAAUUGUUAAUGAGGUGCCUAAUCGCAGGCAAACACUCAUGUUUACUGCAACUUGGCCAAAGGAGGUUAGGAAAAUAGCAGCUGAUCUACUGGUCAAACCUGUCCAGGUGAACAUUGGCAAUGUGGACGAGCUGGUUGCUAACAAGUCCAUUACUCAGCAUGUUGAAGUGUUGCCCCUGAUGGAGAAACAGAGACGUCUGGAAAAUAUUUUAAGGUCACAGGAUCAAGGAUCAAAGAUAAUUAUUUUCUGUUCUACCAAGAAAAUGUGUGAUCAACUUGCUCGUACUCUGACACGUCAGUUUGGAGCUGCUGCUAUACAUGGGGAUAAAUCCCAGGCUGAGAGGGAUCACGUGUUGAGUCAGUUUCGAACUGGGAGGUCACCUGUUCUUGUAGCUACAGAUGUUGCUGCCCGGGGACUGGAUAUCAAGGACAUUAGGGUGGUUGUCAAUUACGACUUCCCAACAGGAGUUGAAGACUAUGUUCAUAGGAUUGGAAGGACUGGGAGGGCUGGAGCCACUGGGCUAGCUUACACUUUCUUUGGUGACCAGGAUGCAAAAUAUGCUUCAGAUCUCAUCAAAGUUUUGGAAGGUGCAAAUCAGAAAGUACCUCCAGAACUUCGUGAUAUGUCAUCGCGUGGUGGUAGUGGGAUGGGAAGAUCCAGACGAUGGGGUUCUGGUGGAAGAGGUGGACGCGGUGAUUCUGGAUACGGUGGAAGGAAUAAUGACUCAGGAUAUGGUGGAAGGGGUGACUAUGGAGGAUACGGUGGAAGAGGUAGUGAUUCAAAUUAUGGAUCUAGGGGGACUGCUUCUUCUGGCAGAGGAGGCCGUGGUUUUGACUAUGAUUCUCAGAGGAAUGAUCGGGGUCCGAGUCCAGAAAAGGGAUCUAAAUGGAGUGAUCGCUACAAAAGCGUCAACCGUGAACGUAGUCGUAGCCCUGACAGGGCUGCUGCACUACCUCAACAUUCGCAAAGCAGCUUUCACAAGUCAAUGAUGGAACGUGGUGGAUGGGGGGGUGAUAGUGAUCGCAAUAAGAGCUCUAACAGAGAUCGAAGCCGCAGUCCUAGCCCCUAUAGACAGGAAAGGACCGCAGCAGUUCGUGAACGAUCCCCAGUUCACAGUUUUCAUCGAUCGAUGAUGGGACAAGGUCAAUCCUCCCCACCACGGCAGCGUGCACGCAGUCCUCCAAAAGAGUGGGGAGGUGGAGAGGUGGAGGAAGGGAUGAUUCCAGAGGAAGAUGGAAUGAUAGGUCAAGGUGGUGAUUAGGAUUUUGAUUAUCCUCUGACCAUUUACAUAUAUAUACAAAUAUAUGUUAAUGUUGUUUUGAUCCACUACUUACGUCAGUGGAAGGGCAUUGUUGAUUGGACAGACAUGGACAAUUUAGGAUCUGAUAGUAGAAUUCAUGGCAAAUGUAUAUUUUGAGGGCUUUGUGGAAAGCCUGGAAAUGAGGCAUAGAUGAACCGGAUAUUCUGCCUUUUUUCUUGUUUUCGUGAAACUCGACUUUGUAUCUAGUUGGGUUCUUCGUUCUCAUAUAGACACAUUAUUUAGAAACUAAAACUAAAUUGUUGUAUUUUUCCACCUAACCCACUGCCACCAAGGGAAUCGACUCAUCUUGCUCCCAUUU